CAAUAUAAGUGCAAAAACACGCUGGUCACACUUUAAAGUUUAUGAAUUAAAUACAACAAUAAUAAUGAAACUAAAGAAAGAAUUUGCAUUCCACAGCGUUUUGUGGCUAAUCCUUAACCAAUGCCAACUCACCUGGAGCGAUUGCGGCUGUCAGAAACUUAACAGAGAAAGCAUCGCUGAGAACCAGCCAGCGACAGUGCCGGAGCAGGUUUGCCAGCAGAAGGCUCGGGGGUCCAAUAGCCACUACCGAGAUUACUAUGGCGAGCUGGAGUCUAGAGACGAGGCGGAUGUUGAAGAGGAGUUCCCAGGCAUGUCUAUCAUUCCCGGCGGCACCGUAAGCGUGGGUACGGACAAGCCGCACUUUGGGCAGGACCGGGAAGCGCCCAAACGAAAAGUGAAGGUUGCGGACUUUUACUUGGACAAGUACGAGGUGUCGAAUGACGACUUCGAGCAGUUUGUGCUGGCCACCAACUACACCACGGAGGCGGAGCGCUUCGGCGACAGUUUUCUCUUCAAGACCCUGCUGGAUCCCGCCGAACAGAAGCAACUGGAGGACUUUCGUGUUGCCAGCGCUCCGUGGUGGUACAAAGUCAAGGACGUGAACUGGCGGCAUCCAUACGGUCCGGCCAGUAAUCUGAAUGGCUUGGGACAGCACCCGGUGGUGCAUGUGUCUUGGCGCGACGCCAGGAAAUACUGUCAUUGGGCCGGAAAGCGGCUUCCCACUGAGACAGAGUGGGAGGCGGCCUGUCGCGGUGGCAAGGAGGACAAACUCUAUCCCUGGGGCAACAAGCUGAUGCCCCGUGACCAGCACUGGCUGAACAUCUGGCAAGGCGAGUUUCCCGAUGGGAACUUAGCUGACGACGGCUUCGAGUACACCUGCCCCGUGGAUGCGUUCCGACAGAACGUCUACGAUCUCCACAACAUGGUGGGCAACGUGUGGGAGUGGACAGCGGAUCUGUGGGACGCCACUGAUGUCAGUUUGAACCCAAACCGGGUGAAGAAGGGCGGCUCCUAUCUCUGCCAUAAGUCCUACUGCUACCGUUACAGAUGUGCCGCUCGCUCUCAAAACACUGAGGACAGCUCGGCCGGCAAUCUGGGCUUCAGGUGUGCCAAGGAUACGUGAUAUGUGAUUGUACGUUAAUGUAUUUUGUACGUUAUUGGGGACAAUGUCAUACAAACUAGUUAAGAAAAUUGUUAAUAUAUAGCAAGUUUGAUUUAUA